GCGACGGUCAAGUGCACGGGUUCCCCGGGAGACCCAUCCGGCGUAUACAGACAUCCACUCCGUGAGCCACAAUGGAGCUGCUGGUGUCGCCAGACGCGGCCCGCAACAUCGCUGCCGGUGCGCUCGACCGAGACGCCCAUCAGCAGCAGCACCAUCCGGGCGGUAUCGUUAAUCCGGCCGCCACCAUCGACCUCGAGCAGGAGGGUCCCGUCCUGGAGGACGGUGCGGGUAUCAUCAGCGACAUCGCGAAGAUACCUCGCGUUCCGGGCGACGGUGCACCGAAGGCCGCCGAAGCUGAUGGCGGCGAGGAUGAGGACGACCACGGCGGCAACGCUGGUGGAGCGGAUAAUGGUGUUGACGGACCGCGAAUUCUUCGGGGUUCCACCGCCGUCGCCAGGGAUCAGUGGACCAGUGGCGGGGGGCGGGAUCGUUUUCCUGCACUUUCGCUCGCCGACUGUCCCCCGACGGCCAAAGGACUUUCGAACGGCGAUCUCCUUAAGGCAGAACCUGGGCUAAUCGCGGCUGAACUCAACGGUGGACCAGAAAAACCUGUCGACAGUGAAAAAAGGCAACUCAACGGAGUUACCUCGCCAUCCUUCACCAUCCAACAGUGCGGUACCGACAAUCAGGAGGGUAAGGGUGGCGACCCACUUCCCCCGCCGCCACCCGGCGGAGGAGACUACGGAGACCCGGGAGAUGACGCAGAAGCUGGGCCGGAUAGUCGCGCCGAACCGACCAAUGCCGGAGGUAUUCCACCGCACACCAACAAUACCUACUCGGCGUUCAAGCGAGGCAACGUGGUCAAAGGCAUCCUGUGCCCAUCGAUGACCAACUCCUUCCGGGCGCCGUCGCUCGAGCGCUCCUACCUGACCUACUCCCACCGGCAGCGCCAGAAGUCGCUGAUCCUGGUCAACGUGGUCGACCUCGUGCUGAAGGUGGUCCUGGCGUUGGUCUGGAUCGGGUUCAACCGAGGCAUGACAAUCAAGGCGCACGAGGUGACCUGGUCCGUGUGCUGCAUCAUCUCGAACUUCCUGAUCUGCGUCCUCGGCAGCUGGCGCCUGUUCGCCAACAACUAUCUCCACUGGGCGGCCGUCUGCACCUGGCUGCUGCUGAACCUGCAGGGUUUCCUCGGCGAAGGGUUGGGCUUUGCCGAGCGCGAGUACCUGAUCUGGUACGUGCUGUUCAUCAUCUUCGUGCCGUAUGCGAUGCUGCCACUGCCGCUGAAGUGGUGCAUGAUCGCCGGCUCGAUGACGGCCGUGUGUCAUCUGCUCGUGACGUCGCUCAAUAAGUUUCUUCAUGAUAAGGAUCCGAGCUGUAUCGUGCGGCAGAUGAUCGCUAAUCUGUUGCUCUACCUGGCCAUCAACUUCGCCGGCAUGUACACCAAAUACCUGACGGACCGUGGCCAGCGCUUGGCCUUCAUCGAAACGCACAAGGCCAUGGAGCAUAAGCGCGAGUCGGAAAAGGAGUACCAGCGUACGCAGCGGCUACUCGACUCUAUUUUACCGAUGUUCGUCAACAACGACAUCCGGAAGGAGAUGUACAAAUCGCCCGAGCAGGCCCAGGUCGACACGCAGUUCAAGAAGCUCUACAUCUACCACAUGGACAACGUGAGCAUCCUGUUCGCCGACAUCAAGGGAUUCACGGAGCUGGCCAGCAAAACGUCCGCCCAGCAGCUGGUGAAGAUACUGAACGAUCUGUUCGCGCGGUUCGACAAAAUAGCCGAGGAUAAUCACUGCUUGCGGAUCAAGCUGCUCGGGGACUGCUACUACUGCGUGUCGAUGUUCGACAGCCAGAGCUGGAAGAGCCGCCCGGACCACGCGGUGUGCAGCGUCGAGACGGGUCUGCACAUGAUAAAGGCCAUCAAGGACGUACGCUGCCAGACGAACGUCGAGUUGGACAUGCGCAUCGGCAUCCACAGUGGGUCGGUAAUGUGCGGCGUGCUGGGGGAAAAGAAGUGGCACUUCGACGUCUGGUCGAACGACGUCGUCAUCGCGAACCACAUGGAGUCGGGCGGCGUGCCGGGCCGGGUGCACAUCUCCGAGGCGACGCUCAAGUGUCUGAACGACACGUACGAGGUGGAACCGGGGCAUGGCGGUAGCCGCGAUAGCCACCUGAAGAUGAUGAACAUCAAGACGUUCCUGAUCAAGCGCACCGAACCGCUGCGGCCCCGCAAGCGCCUGCUCGACCGCCAGAGCACGGUCCAGUUCGAGAAGGAAACGGUGGCCCGCGGGUCGGGCGAGUCGCGCUUCCGGAAGGACUCGAAAACGCCGAGCGUCACCUCGAACAGCACCAACACGACCGGCACGACGGCUACCUCCUCGACGACGGUGGUGGCCGCGUCACCGCCAACCACCUCCCACCAGCCGAACAGUGGCGCUAGCAACAACAACAAUAACAGCAACACCAACAACAACAACAACCAUAUCAGCAAGCGGUGCAGCAAGUCGACGAUCCACGAGGAUGAGACGACCACCGACUGGACGCCGGAGAUCCCGUUCAAGAACCUGAACGAGUGCGGCGUGAACGCGGUCGAGAGCUUCAAGCGCGACAAGAAGCACAGCGACCGGGAGGACCCGCUAACGUCGACCGAGGAGGUGGACGAGAUCAUCGACCAGAACAUCCAGAUCAACUCGAACAAGCAGAUCCGCCAGGAGUACCUGUACACGUGGACGCUCAAGUUCAAGGAGUCGUCGCAGGAGGGCACCUUCUGCCAGCUGCGCGAGGACAUGUUCCGCUCGAACAUGCUGUGCGUGUUCGUCGUGUGGAUCUUCAUCGUGCUGUGCCAGGCGGUGAUCAUACCGCGCUGCACCAUCCUGAUCGUGGCCCUAUCGAUCACCACCUUCCUGCUGACGGUCGGCUGCAUUCUGGUGAUGGCGGAGGAGUUCUCCGGGCUGCCCAAAUUCCUGCAGCGCAGCUCCUCGACGCUCGUGCACGAUCGUAGCCGGCGCACCGUGUUCGUCUGCCUCACGAUCAUCCUGAUGUCGAUAGCCAGCUCGAUGGGGCUGAUGAUGUGCGAUCUGGAGGAGGUGGAUAUGGCUGCCAGUGGGACCGGUGAUCUGAAUAGCGAGACUCCACUGCUCGCCUACUGGCAGCAAGGCAGUUCGCUGCUCGGUGCGAACGUCACUUCGAUGACACUUUUGCGGCGCGAUCUGGAAGGCAUCACGGUUGCCACAAAUCAAACCACCAUCGGUGAGGAGUUCACCACCGAGGCACUGGACCUGCAGACUACCGACGAGCCCGAAGCACAACCCACCACCUACCAUGCGUCCUGUGUACACCCGGAGUACGUGGUGUUCACCUGGGUGCUAUGUCUGAUCUCGCUGGCGACGGCCCUCAAGCUGUACUAUCUCGUGAAAACGUUCAUGGCCAUCGCCAUGGUGGCGUGCUACUCCUUUCUCAUACUGCUCGUGUUUGAGCGCGUGUUCGACUCGUACGACCUGCAGUACAUCCAGGUCAGUGGGAUGCCGCUGGCGGCGCAGAUGAUGAUCCUGCUAGGCGUCUUCCUGACGAUGGUAACCUACCAUGCCCGGCUGGUCGAGGUAACGUCGCGGCUGGACUUCAUCUGGAAGGAGCAGGCCGAAAAGGAGCUGCUGAACAUGAAGUCCAACCGCCAUCUGAACGAUCUGCUCAUCAAAAACAUCCUCCCGGAUCAUGUCGCGACGUACUACCUGUCGGAGGAGCGUGCCGACGAGCUGUACGCAAAGAUGCACGACCUGUGCGGGGUGAUGUUUGCCUCGAUACCGAACUUUAAAGACUUCUACUCGGAGGACAUCGAGAAUGGGAAGGCGUGUAUACGUAUUCUGAAUGAGAUCAUCUCCGACUUUGACUCACUGCUGGAGGAGGAGCGGUUUGAGAAGGUGGAGAAGAUCAAAACCGUCGGGGCUACCUAUAUGGCCGCGUCGAACCUGUGUUCUACAAAGAAGGCUUGCGUGGAUGCGAAGGACGAGGAAGCGGUUUGCGACUUGGUCGAGUUUGCCCUGGCCAUGCGCCAGAAACUGCAGGAGGUGAACAAGGAUGCGUUCAACACCUUCCAGCUGCGUGUCGGUAUCAGCAGUGGCCCGCUCGUGAGUGGCGUCAUCGGUGCCCGGAAACCGGUCUACGACAUCUGGGGAAAUACGGUAAACGUGGCGUCCCGCAUGGACUCGACCGGAGAGAACUGGAAGGUGCAGGUACCUGACUACACGGCCGCUCUAUUACAAACCAAAGGAUACACCUGCGUCCAACGUGGCGAGGUGAACGUUAAAGGCAAGGGACUGAUGCUAACGUACUGGGUACUGGGCAAGAACGUAUCGGCCAGUCAAUUAACCUCACCCGCCCUAGUUCCGGCCGGAGUGCCACAAGCGCAGACACCCUCGUUGCAGCGGCAAACGUCACAGCACAGCUCGCUGGCCGCCGUCGUGUUCGGCAUGAUGCAGGCCUCGAAGCGGAGUAACCUAAACACGACCCCAACUGCAACACCAUCCCCGAGAACCCGAUUCGGGCGACGAGGAAGCACAUUCAGCUCAGUGAGAUUGAAUCAGAGAGCGCCGUGUAACAAUCCGGUACGCCGGAAUACGACCCGUGUCCGCGGCCGUAGCUACACGAUGAAGAAGUACCCGUCCGCUUCGUCGCCAUCCGGAUCUCCGAUGCCUUCCGGUGGUUUGGGAGACCGACCGCAUAUUCCCUCCUUCCGGCAGCUGCACCAGGAAGCCAAAGCCCACCAGACAGGACUAUGAACAUGUGCUUCGUUCUGUACUCUCCUCUCUUUCUCUCUCUCUUUUUCUCUGUAUCUCUCUCUCUCACACACACAGUACAUCGUGGGUUGUGCAGCCUAUAAUGUUCUAGCCAAUUUUUCUAGUCAAUAAACAAAGAAAAUAUUUUAACUGAUUGAAGUAUAGGAUUCGACUGUGAGGAGCAUGUUGGACAUGUAGUCAGUAGAUACUAGCGAGUAUUCCCCAGUAGUCAGAAACGUUAGAUUAAGCCAUCAAGCACACAGAUGAGGAAAUACAAUUUGCAAUUUUUGUCUAAGAAGCACAAAGGUGUAAACUGAAACCAUCAUCCAGUGUCGCACUAUGACAUCAUCAUCUAGACAGUGCAUGCUGUUAGUUUAGCGUAGGUCUCUAGGUCCUUUCUUCACAAUGAAACCGACACAUACGCAGACGGUCGUUGUGUUAUCCACCGCCUGCACCGUACCGUAUCGAUGUGUAAAGAUGCAGAUCAGUGGUUGAUGUGAUUUUAUUUAUAGCUUUAAUGGAAAGGGCAUGCAAUUUGAAGUAGCAACGUCCAGAAACAAGACACGGUAGUAGACAGCGAGCGUCAGGGAACGAGGGUACAACCGUUAAGUAUUUGCAGUGGUGCAUCACGAAAUGCGAAAACGUCGAAUGCUGCACAUUUGAUGUACGUUGUUUUAUUGAUUGUGUAAAAUCCAGCUGGUCUCGAGUAAACAACAUUAACUAUAUCGGCACCGGAAAUGGGCAGAAUUGCUUAUAAAGUCAACAAAACGAGUUGUGCCAAUAAAUCAAAUGA